AUGCAGUAUCAGCCGUCAUUCAUGACUACAGCCGGUCUCAUGAUUGCCAAUGCGUUGCAAGUGGUUCUGAUGAUCCGCGACAUUGACGUUAUUCGUAAACGAAUUGCUGAUACGGGGUCGGAGAUUGUCCAGUUGAGGAAGAACGACAAAUUCGCGUCGAAGCUUCCUGGUGAUCGGUUCGCCACAACUAGCAUGCUACCUCGAGCCACAGAUAUCUUUCAGAGAUACACAUUUGACACAUUGAAGUACGAUUCUACGAGUGCUAAGAAGUAUGGAGAUCCGCGAGCGAGUGAUCUGACCAUACCACGCCAGCAAAACUCAGUAUUGGUGGCACCACUUGACAGUGGACCUCUUGAUAAUCCAUUCGACCCUAGUACUAAAACCAUGGGAGACACACUCUCAGAACUUGAGCAGCUCGAACGCAAGUACGCCAGUCUCGUUCGUACACUCAUGUAUGCAUCCGAGUUCGCCAUCCUCACUGCCUACGCGGAAGUCAUCACACCCAUCGUAUACUCGCUGUAUUUGUUCACCGUCUUCCACAUGCCCAACCGUGACUACUACAGCCAAAUCGCUAGCAUGGACUCGAAUCACUUGGCCAAAACUGUGGUGAAUGUGUUACUAUAUAGCCUUGUGGAGCUCACAUCCUUCGCGGCGCUCACCCAGACGCUCAAGAGGCGACUCAACUUUUCCACGAUGCAUCAGCUCGUAUUUGUGCUCGAUCGACAGAUGAUUCACGUGCAGACAGCAAUAAUAUUAUGGGUGUUUUACACGACCCAGAUCUCCCUUGAGCACUGUGGCACGGAUUACUCUUUCAAGUUCGCGUGGCUGCAGAGCAACGCGACUAGUACAUGA